ACAAAAAGCCUGACGCCUCAUGAGGAUAUCUCGAGCGGCCCAACACAAGCGUGGAAUCAGGGAGAGUGUGCGUGCUCGUGCCAACAAAUCACCAGACGGCUCGACGGUGUCUUCUCAGUCGACCGGCGGGGUCAUCGACUCAUCGUCUCUCCUGCGGCGGCAAGAUCAGAAGCUACUAAGCUAGCGACGGAUCGCCUUUUCUCCUCCGCACAAGUUAAGCAUUUCUUCCUCCGCUCCACCCGGGGGCCUCGAUUCCUCCGUUAAACCAUGGGCUCUUCAAUCUCGGCGGCGGCGCCGCCGCCAAGCUCUCCGUUCCCCAGCUGGCUGCAGCUUUCCAUCUAGCCGGAGGCGCUAUGGACGCCGAUCUCUUCCACCGGUUGCUUCCGAGAUUCCCUCAGAGCCCACUUAACCCGGGGAAGAGGGGCGGGUCCUGAACUGCUGAUGCUUCUCGAUCUGUGGCGUGUUUGGCCAAGUUGCUGAUGCUGAAGGGAGCAGUUGAACACGCCCACCUCAGAGCGGCAAAUAAAUGGGAUGCUGAAGGGAGCAGUUGAACACACCCACCUCAGAGCGGCAAAUAAAUGCAGUACAGUAUCAAGAAAGACCCAACUGUAUUUAUUGGAAAAGGAAAUGCCAUGUGCGUUCAGAUAAAAAUGUCUCGAUCGAAGCGUGCAGGCAUUGUAGCUGCACAUGUCCACGAGGAUCGCCAGGUCUGACUGCAGAGAAACAUUAUUAAGUCUUGUUGCGUCCCAUGAAAGAGGUUGCUGCUGAGAUUAAUUCGGGCAUAAAUCCCCUCGCAAGGGAGCGAGUCAACGACUAUGCACACAAAGGCACAAGCAUAGAUGGGUAUGGGUGCUACUGCCUUCUUCUACCUCCUGCUGUCCCUCUGGCUCUGGGUUCAGGAUGCUGCUGCUGCGACCGGUCUUGGCUUCACAAGAAGUGAUUUCCCACGGGAAUUCGUCUUUGGAGCUGGAACCUCGGCAUACCAAUAUGAGGGUGCUGUCGCUGAGGAUGGCAGGAGCCCAAGCAGUUGGGACACUUUCACUCACGCAGGCAAAAUGCCAGACAAAAGCACGGGAGAUGUUGCUGCAGAUGGGUACCACAAAUACAUGGAGGAUGUGAAGCUCAUGUCUGAGACGGGUCUAGAGGCCUAUAGGUUCUCCAUCUCCUGGUCAAGGCUCAUUCCAAAUGGACGUGGAGCUGUCAAUCCCAAAGGGCUACAGUACUACAAUAACCUCAUUGAUGAGCUAGUGAAUCAUGGAAUUCAAGUCCACAUCACACUUCACCAUCUAGAUCUUCCCCAGAUUCUUGAAGAUGAGUAUGGUGGAUGGUUAAGCCCCAGAAUUAUCGAAGAUUUCACAGCAUAUGCAGAUGUUUGCUUCAGGGAGUUUGGAGAUAGGGUUGCAUCUUGGACGACAGUGAAUGAGCCAAACAUUGGUAUAUUGGCCUCUUAUGAUGUUGCUAUAUUCCCUCCUGGCCGUUGCUCGAAUCCAUUUGGAGCAACAAAGUGCACCGCUGGGGACUCUAGUGUCGAACCAUACAUAGCAGCUCAUAAUACAAUUAUGGCGCAUGCAUCGGUUGCCAGUCUGUACAGAAAAAAAUAUCAAGCCAUGCAAAAAGGAGUUAUUGGCAUAAGUAUCUACUCCUUCUGGAGUUAUCCAUUGACAAAUUCCACUGUGGAUUUAGAUGCAACUUGGAGAUGUAAAGAUUUCUUCUUCGGCUGGAUACUAGAUCCAUUGGUGUUUGGGGACUACCCACAAGUAAUGAAGAAGAAUGUUGGGUCUCGCCUUCCACCCUUCACGGAAGUUCAGUCUGAACUUAUCAAGGGUUCUUUAGAUUUUAUUGGAAUAAAUCACUACUACUCUCUCUACGUGAAUGAUCGCCCUCUAGAAACAGGCGUUCGAGACUACAGCGCAGACAUGUCAGUUAGUUUAAGGGGUUCUAGGAUAGACCCACCAUCUAGUCAGGGCUUCCCAGUAAAUGUUCCAAGUGAUCCCAAAGGGUUGCAACUUCAACUGGAGUACCUGAAAGAAACCUACAGGAACCUUCUGGUCUAUGUUCAAGAGAAUGGCAAGCAGAAAUUCCCAGCCAGAAGCAAGCCUCUGUUGGCGAACAAAGGUAUGGGGUCUGCCGAUGAUAGCCUAGAUGACACGGGCAGGGUCGGUUUCCUGAGCAGCUACAUGGAAAGCACACUAAACGCGAUGAGGAACGGGGCCGACGUGAGAGGCUAUUUCGCCUGGGCAUUCAUGGAUUUGUUUGAGCUCCUGUCCGGGUACCAGUUGAGGUACGGGCUGUACCGGGUCGACUUCGCUGACGAGAGGCUGCCACGGCAAGCUAGGCUCUCGGCUCGCUGGUAUUCCGGCUUCCUCAAGCACAACAGAACCUCUGCCCUGCUGUCGAGAACGCCGUGCAGCCUCGUCCUUUUUCCUGCCAUUCUUGUGAUUCACAUGGCACUAAUUUUCCAAUAUGAGGGUGCUGUUGCUGAGGAUGGCAGGAGUCCGAGCAGUUGGGACACUUUCACUCACGCAGGCAAAAUGGCAGACAAAAGCACGGGAGAUGUUGCUGCAGAUGGAUACCACAAAUACAUGGAGGAUGUCAAGCUCAUGUUUGAGACUGGCCUAGAGGCCUAUAGGUUCUCCAUCUCCUGGUCAAGGCUCAUUCCAAAUGGACGCGGAGCUGUCAAUCCCAAAGGGCUAGAGUAUUACAACAACCUCAUUGAUGAGCUAGUGAAUCAUGGAAUUCAAGUACACAUCACACUUCACCAUGUAGAUCUCCCUCAAAUUCUCGAAGACCAAUAUGGUGGAUGGUUAAGCCCCAAAAUUGUUGAAGAUUUCACAGCAUAUGCAGAUGUUUGCUUCAGGGAGUUUGGAAAUAGGGUUGUAUCCUGGACGACUAUCGAUGAGAUAAACAUCGGUGUAAUUGGCUCUUAUGAUAGUGCUCUAUUCCCUCCUGGCCGUUGCUCAGAUCCAUUCGGAGUGACAAAGUGCACCACUGGGGACUCUAGCAUCGAACCAUACAUAGCCGCUAAGAAUGCCCUUAUGGCGCAUGCAUCAGUUUUCAGCCUGUACAGAGAAAAGUAUCAACACAAGCAAAAAGGAAUCGUGGGAAUAAAUAUCUACUCCUACUGGAGUUAUCCACUGACAAAUGCGACGGUGGACCUAGAAGCAACUCAGAGAUGUAAAGAUUUCUUGUAUGGCUGGAUACUAGGGCCAUUGGUGUUUGGGGACUACCCACAAGUAAUGAAGAAGAAUGUCGGCUCUCGCCUUCCACCCUUCACAAAAGUUCAGUCUGAACUUAUCAAGGGUUCCUUAGAUUUCAUUGGAAUAAAUCACUAUUUUUCUGUCUACGUGAAUGAUCGUCCUCUAGAUACAGGUGUUCGAGACUAUAAGGCGGACAUGUCAGUUAAUUCAAGAGGUUCUAGGACCGACCCGCCAGCUGGUCAGGGUCCCCCAACAGACGCUCCAAGUGAUCCCAAAGGGUUGCAGCUUGCACUGGAGUACCUGAAAGAAACCUAUGGGAACCUUCCAAUCUAUGUCCAAGAGAAUGGUAUGGGAUCUGCCGACGACAGUCUAGAUGACACCGGCAGGAUCGGUUACCUGAGCAGCUACAUGGGGAGCACACUAAAGGCGAUGAGGAAUGGAGCCAACGUGCGAGGCUACUUCGCGUGGGCGUUCAUGGACCUGUUCGAGCUCCUGUCGGGGUACCAGUCGAGGUACGGGCUGUACCGGGUCAACUUCACCGACGAGAGGCGGCCGCGAGAAGCCAGGCUCUCGGCUCGCUGGUACUCCGGCUUCCUCAAGCACAACGGAACCACUGCGCUCGCGUCGAGAGCGCAGGUGAACCAGGCGCUGAACUUGGUGUCCUGACUACCCGCAAAAAAAGAAAAAAAGAAAAAAAAAGAACUUGGUGUCCUGACUCCCGAGUCCAGUGUAACCGCGUAUGCGUGCGUGCGCGUGAGGUUUCGAUCAGAAACCGUGAUUCUCGGAUUACAUUAGUACUACCACCUCCGUUCACUUUUAUAAGUCGUUUCAGACAACUGAAAAUGACUACUUUGCACCAUGUUUGAAAUAUCUUCAAGCCUUAUAAAAGUGAACAGAAGGAAUACUAGACUAGAAACCAAUGCUGCUGUGACCACUACUAUCUUCUUAGUUACUGUAGUAUUUUCUUUUGAAAACCAUCACUUUCAGAGUAAGUUGAAGAAAUGAAAGGCUCGAAUUAUUAAGUUUCAUAUAUAUUGAUUUGUAUUUUCAAACUGCCAUAUUUAUCACUACACCUCUGAACAUGUUCACCAU